AUGCUCCAGUUGUGCCGAGUCACCGAGGCGCUGUUCAUCAGCAACGCCCGCUCGGCCUGCGACGGCGAGCUCAUCCGGUGCGAGGCUGUCACGCUGUGCAUCAAUGUGUCUAGACAACAGCCCUUUCCCGCCGCAUCUGACAUGGCCGCGCUGCGGGUCCCCGUCUACGACGACCCCAACGAGGACCUGUACGUCCACUUUGAUCGCUGUGCUGACGCCAUCGAGGAGGAAGCGAGGCGCGGUGGACGGAGUGUCGUCUACUGUAAGAACGGCCGCAGCCGCUCUGCCACCGUGUGUGUGGCGUACCUCAUGAAACACCACAAGCUGUCACUGACGGAGGCCCUCCAGAAAGUGAAGACAGCUCGUCAGGUGAUCGACCCCAACCCGGGCUUCAUGGCCCAGCUGGAGAGAUAUGAACAGGAGCUUAAAAAGAAAGACCGGGACCUAAACUAG